AUGAUUCAUAAGACCCUAGAGCAGCCGCACGGCCAACGCAAGACCACACGGUACGCCCGACGUAUGGUCGCCGUGGAACCGCUCUACAACAUGGCUACGGCGUGUCUAACCGCUACGGCGAACCUAGAAAUGAAAACAAAUUAUACCUAUGAUAGUCAGACUCUUCAUGCCCUUAAUAUUUGGGAUGGUCGCUCCUCUGGAAAAUGGCGAGAGGAGAAUCACUUUGUUUGGGAUCGGCUGGUGUCUCUCGGGAUCAGUAGAUCGUGUCGAAGGCGGAGGACACAUCGGGGUAAGAGGGGUGGGCGUGAUCGCUUUAAGGACCAUCUUAAAUUUGGUACUCUCAACUCCCGCUCUCUGCGCAAUAAAUCAACCAUUUUUCAAGACUUUGUCGUUGACCACAAAUUAGAUUUUGUCUGUAUUUGUGAAACAUGGCUAUCAUCCGAUGAUGAUGCAGUCGUGGCUGACCUUUGCCCAGGCUCUUACAUUUUCAAACACUGUCCACGAGUCUCUGGGCGGGGUGGUGGGGUGGCUUUUCUUUAUAAAGACAGCCUCCAGGUUAUUAUGUCAUCAGAAAACUACGACAGUUUUGAAUGUAUGUCUGCAACUAUCUCCAGUGACUCAAGCUGUAUGGACAUCUCGGUAAUCUACAGGCCGCCUGGUGGACAUAGCUUCUCCAAAUUUCUGGAAGAAUUCUCUGACUUUCUUGAUGGUAGAAUGUACAGAACUCCACCUUUCGUCAUCACCGGCGACUUGAACAUUCACAUGGACAAUAACUCUGCACCGAACACACAAAAGUUUAAUGAUCUUCUCACUAGUCACGGCAUCUCCCAGCUAGUCAAAUCUCCUACCCAUGACAAGGGUCACAUCUUGGAUGUUGUCAUGGUGCGGAACGCUGAUGAUCAAAUCCUGUGUUCGAAACCUCAAGUCAUACCUGGCAUCUCCGACCAUUCUGCUAUCUUAUGGAAGCUAAACUUCGCUAAGCCUAGUCGGACCCACUUUACAUAUGUCAGUCGUAACAUCAGAGAUAUUGACAGAGAGACCUUCGCGAAUAGCAUUGCUGACUGCAACAUCACUGCUCCUGCUACAUGUAGUGUUGAAGAAGCUGUUCAUCACUACAAGUUAGAACUCGGGAGGGUUCUAGAUGCUCAUGCUCCUCAGAGAUCACGGAAAGUGAGGAAUCAUGCAGACUGUCCGUGGUAUACCAAUGACAUUCGUUCUCAGAAGAGGAUACGUAGACAACUGGAGAGGAAAUGGAGGGCCAAUGGCCGACUUCAGACCGACAAAGAACUGUACUGUGCCCAGCGUGACCUCGUAAAUUCACUUGUGAAAAGGGCGAAGCGCUCAUACUUUGUAGAUCUUAUUGAAGACUGUCGGAAUGAUUCCAGAAAGCUCUUCUCAGUAGCAAACCGACUUCUGAAUCGUCGACAGUUAUCACUACUUCCAGCCCACACGGACAGCCAGCAAAUGGCCUCUACAUUCACCCACUUCUUCCAGACGAAAGUCAAGACCAUCUGCGACAGUUUAUCACCUGACGAAACACCACACGAUCCCCUUACUUCCUCUUCCUUUGAAAUCAAGCCGCUGCAGAACGAGCCGUUCAUCGCCUUGAAUCUUGCAUGGCUGAUGCUCAUGAUUGGAUGCUCGCACGUUCCUUGA